CGAUAUUCGAGAGAUCUUCUAUUAAGGCGAGGCUGACAGGAUGGGAAGAAUGAUCGGUAGUUCCCGACUGUUGUUUUGCAUCUUCCUCUUCACCCUACCGCUUUUCUCUCUACGAACCGCAUCCGAGGAAGUUGAGGAUGAGAGCGAGUUUAACUAUGUUGAGGGAAGCAAAAUCGGCCCGAGCCGAUGGGGAGAGAUCCGACCAGAAUGGAGGACGUGCAAGAAUGGGUCAAUGCAGUCACCAAUCGAUCUGAUGAGCAAAAGUGUCGAGAUUAUUAGCCAUCUUGGGGACCUGAGGAUGAGCUACCGGCCCUCCAAUGCCACCCUCAAGAACCGGGGCCACGAUAUAAUGUUAAGGUGGGAAGGUGGAGCCGGAUCUAUGCAUAUAAAUGGAACCGAGUACGUGCUCCAGCAGUGCCAUUGGCAUUCUCCAUCCGAGCAUUCAAUCGAUGGCAAGAGGUUUGAUGUAGAGCUGCACUUAGUCCAUGAGACCCCAAAUGGAGAGGCUGCUGUGGUGGGAAUCAUGUACAAGUACGGGCCGCGUGACACCUUCUUGUCGUCCAUUAUGGAUCACUUGGGUGCUAUUGCUGAGACCGGUGAAGCCGAGAAGGCGAUUGGUGUGGUCCAUCCGAAGGGCAUAAAAAUCUUGGGCAGGAAGUACUACAGAUACAUAGGUUCGCUUACCACUCCUCCCUGCACUGAAAACGUCAAAUGGAUCAUUUUUCAAAAGGUGAUGACUGUCGCAAGAAAACAUGUGGAACUCCUCCGAGACUCUGUUAAUGAUGAUGCAGAGCUCAAUGCACGACCACUGCAGCCCGUAAAUGGGCGCAACAUUCAACUCUACACUCGUGAAGAAAGGACUCGGAGGAGGACGAUUGAGGAUCCGCAUUACCAGUUCAGCGCUGAUCAUGUGAAAAUUGAAGAGUGUUAAUGAUUCGUUUACUGCAUGCACGUAGCCUGCAAACCCGAACUUCACUGGAUUACCUUCAUUCUAGUACAUCAUAUAUGUGUUCUCACUUGCAUGUUUCUUCUCCGCAUUUUAGCCUGAAGAAUAAACUAAUGACCCGAUAGAGGUCUCAUGAACAGGCAUUAAGUAACAUAUGAUCUAAUAAACUCUCCUAAUGUUAUGAA